AAACACUUCACACAUAGCAGUUGUUUCAGAGGCAUUCACAUUAUGAACAGUGGAGCAGGAAAAUCCCCUUCACCCAAAGGAGCAGUCAAUUUUUCUCUGGCCAUCCUUUCAACUACAUUACUUUCGUCUGUGUUGCUGGGUCUAUUUCUCUGGCGGAUGUAUCUUCGAUGGACCGUCAAAUGCAAGAGUGAAAAUCGCAUAGAUGGGAAAACUGUUAUUAUAACAGGUGGGAGUUCUGGUAUCGGGAAGGCAACGGGAUGUGAGCUGGCGUCGCGUGGAGCGAGGGUUAUCCUAGCGUGUCGCAAUCAAAAAUUAGGUGAUGCCGUUGCCAGAAAAAUUUCCAAAAAGACGGGAAACUAUGAUGUUAUUGCAAUGUAUUUGGAUUUGUCUAGUCUUCAAUGCAUACGUGAUUUUGUUAAAAAGGUGAAGGAAAAUGAAAAUAAAUUGAAUAUCCUGAUUAACAAUGCAGCAUACCUUGGGCCAAAAGCAGCUACCGUAGAUGGAUACGAGAAGACAUUCGGGGUGAACUACUUGGGCCAUUUUUAUCUGACGUAUCUUCUACACGAUCUGCUGAUGAAAAGCGCCCCCUCUCGUAUAAUCAACCUUUCAUCCAAUUAUUAUGUAAAAGGAAAGUUAGAUUUCGAUGACCUUCCACUUGUCAAUUAUGACAUGUUUGACGCAUACACAAGAAGCAAACUUGCAGUGAUGCAUUUCACAGUUGAGGCACACCGGAUGUGGUCACCAGAGGCCAUUAUGUCCUUCGUCGUACAUCCGGGAUGUGUUGCUACAGACAUCAUGAGACGUACAACAGGACUAAUGGGCAAAUUUUUACGAAAAUUUGCAGAAUUCAUGUUCAAAUCUCCUGAAGACGGCUGUCAAACGAUUGUUUACUGUGCUGUGGCCGACGGCCUUAGAGAGGAAUCUGGCAAAUUCUUCGAAAAUUGUAAAGUCGUUCCAACAAAGGACUAUGUGCGAGACAAAAGUAUUUGCAAAAGACUAUGGCUCUUGAGUCUGCAUUUGUGUGGGUUAGAUGAAACUCAUCCCGAAGUCAAAUCUGAAACCAACGAGAAAAUGUUAGCAGACAUUGAAGCUGCGUCAUUCAAACGAAAGCAUUUCGAAGCAAACACUGCAGAUUAAUAAAUAUUUCUGUGUGAAGGCCACAAGCUGUUAGCAAGUUUAACAAACUCACUAGGCGUUAGAGAUGAAGUUAGAAGCGUGAAGAGACAUCAUUCAUUUUAUACGUAAACUUCCGUUCUCAAUCAUCAGAAACUUCACCCAGCAAG